AUGGCUUCUUUGCAUUCAUCAUCAACAUCACGAAUUGUAUGGAAGUGGAAAUCAAAUACACAACCAUGGUCAAAUGUUGAGCCUGAUACGUGGGAACAAUAUUCAGAUAUUGAAAAUUACAUGAUCGAAAAUGCAUAUAAAAAAAAUGAAAGUCAAGUUCAAUUGGAUCAUUUUUGGAUUGAUUUUAAUAACCAAAUCCAAAUCAAGAUAGAUAAUCCAAAUAAAAAGAGACCCAUUAAGCGCGAAAUCAUGCACAGGUCAAAUAACGAUAUUAGAGAACAAAGAUUUACAAUGGAACAACCGAAACUCGAUUACAAGUCACUCAAUAUGACAGAUCCAUUUCGUUCGUUUGUCCAGAAUUCAGGGUGUCGCCUAUUAUCAGAUGACAAAAUAAAUGAUGAAUGGAUUGAAAAAGCUGCUCAUGGCAUUGAAACAGAAGGUACUAAAUUGGGAAAAAUGCUAGAAGCACAAUGCAUUGCAAAUGAAUUGAGAAAUAUGAAACAUAGAAGUAAAAAUGAAAUCUUGGAAUGCUGUGUUGGACUAUAUACAGCAGAAAGCUUUUUGUACAAAUUGAUUAACAAAGUCAUGCGAGAAGCUGAUAUGUGUAAAGGAAUGCUUUUACGUGUGGAAGAUCGAGAAUACGGUAAAACAUUAGGUCCAUAUUGUGGUCUAUUGGAGAAAUAUAUUCACGAUAGUCCGAAGCAACAAGAUAUUACUGUUUAUCGAUGUGCUACAUUAACAAAUGAAAUGAUUCAUGAUUAUAAGGAAAAUAUUGGCAGGUUAGCUUGGUGGGAUUCAUUUUCAAGCACAACAAAAAAUAAAAAUAAAGCAUUCGAAUUCGGUGGUAAUUGUUUAUUUGUAAUUUAUAUUCCUCGUGGAUCAAAUUUCUCAGGCGUAGACAUUUCAUCGUUAUCGGAAUAUCCAGGUGAAGAAGAGAUUUUACUACAACCAGCCAUAAGGAUGUCCAUAAAAAAGGUUGAAUACGAUCUGAAUAUUAAUAAACAUAUUAUCAAUUUAGAACUUUCUUCUUGCUGA